AUAGUUCUUUGAGAUAUAAACAAAAUUACAACCAUAUUGUUUGCAACUUUUUUUUUGUUUAAAUAAAAAUGAGUAUUUUUGAAUUGCAAGGAUUCAAGGUGGUUCCGGAUAUUAUUCAUGAGUAUAGUCCCCAGGUGAAAGCAAGCCAAACUCCUUUAAUCAUUGAAAAUGGUUCAUAUGAGUGUCGUGUUGGUUGGGCCUCCAACGACAAUCCAAUGAUGAUAUUCCGGAAUUUGAUUGCUAAACCACGAAGAGAAAAGGCAAAAAAAGACGGUGAAUUGCCACUGAUUCAACCAAUACAAAUUGGCAAUGAUAUUGUGAAUAUUGAAACGAUGCGAUACCAGUUACGAACACAAUUUGAUAGAAAUGUUGUGACGCAUUAUUACAACCAAGAACAAAUCUUUGAUGACAUAUUCCGCCACUUGGCAAUCGAUACAGAAAACUGUGUAAAUCAUCCGAUUGUGUUGACGGAAUGUAUUGCCAAUCCCAACUAUUGCAGACAACUUAUGUCCGAACUGUUAUUCGAGUGCUAUGAUGUGCCGGCUAUUUGUUAUGGAAUCGAUUCGCUGUUUAGUUUCGCUCACAAUAAUCUUGGAAAAAAUGGGUUGAUAGUUUCAUUUGGAUACUACACAAUCCAUGUGAUUCCCAUCUUAGAUGGGAUCGCACAAUAUACAAAAAUACGUCGUAUUAAUUUGGGUGGAUUUCAAAUAAUUACAUUCCUCCAUCGGUUGCUGCAGUUAAAGUAUCCCGUUCAUGUAAAUGCAAUCUCAUUAAGCCGAAUUGAAUGGCUUUUGCACACACACUGCUCUGUUGCAUAUGAUUACUUAGAGGAGCUGAGAAAAUGGUCGAGUUUGGAAUUUUAUGAAAAGAACGUGAAAAAAAUCCAACUACCGUACAAUGUACCGAUUAACUCGAUAAAUGUUGUUUUGACAGCUGAACAAAAGAAUGAGAAGAAACGAGAAAUGGCAAAAAGACUGGUUGAAAUGAACGCCCGAAAACGAGAGGAACGAUUGGCUGAAGAUAAACAACAACUCGAAAAACUAACCGGUAUAAAGAAAUGUUAUGAGCGUGGUGAAACAAAAGAGUAUCAGAAGCAAAUGCGGCAAAAUUUACUGAGCAAUCGUGAGGAAUUGGAGAAAACGAUUCAAGCGGUAGGGAAUCGGCUUGAGCGUGCAAUGCAAAAAACUGGAAGUCAAGCGGAAACUUCAGCAAAUAAUCCUUUUGAAGAAAAGGUUCCAAAACCGCCAACUAACAUCCAUAUCGACGUAUGGAUCGGUGACAUUCGAAAGAGACGUGCAGCAAUAUUGGAACGACGAAUUUCACGAAAACAACGAAAACAAGAUUUGGCCAAAAGAAGAACGGUUGCCGCACAGGAGCGCAUGCGCAUCAUAUCACAGUUGGCACGGAAAGAAAAGGAUGAUGACGAUUUUGGAAUGCGUGACGAAGAUUGGGAUGUAUACAAGACAAUCAGCAAAGAUGAUGACAGCGAUAGCGAUGAAGAAAACGAAAAAUUGUUGGAAUUUGAUACCAUUUUAAGGCAUUACGAUCCAUCGUUCGAGGAACCACAACUUGUACCAGAAUGUGCAGCUGAAAACUAUCAACUACACCUGGGUGUGGAAUCAAUAAGAGCACCGGAACUUCUGUUCCAACCGAGUAUGAUUGGAAGCUCAGAGGCUGGAAUUACAGAAACGAUAAAUUAUGUUUUGCAGCAAUUCUCAGCGGAAGAUCAACUACUUUUAUCGCAAAAUAUACUUUUGAGCGGUGGAUGUGCUAACUUCAGAGGUUUAAAAGAACGACUUAACCGAGAAAUGAUGCAAAUUCGACCAUUUCGAACAGUAUUCAAUGUAGUUGUAGCGAAAAAUGUCAACCUAAAUGCAUGGCAUGGGGCAAAAGACUUGGCUAAUUUAAGUAAUUUCAAUGAGUAUCUCACAACCAAAAAUCAUUACCUAGAAUAUGGUGGCGAAUAUUUUAAAGAACAUUAUGCAAGUAAUAAGUAUUUUUCAACGCCUAUCGUUCUUAAUGAGCCCAGCCAAACAUCCAUUGAGGCAGAUAUUACAAACAACGAUGCUCCAAUGAAAAUGGAAGAAGAUAUUUACGUGGAGUAAUCGAUAUUAUUAUCUAAUGCAUCAUAAAUGUCGAAUGUCAGACCAAAUACAAAGUAAACUAUAUAUUA